UAUUAUCUCCCCUUUCCGGAAGUUUCUAUGAUUUUGCGAAACGAAAGGGAAACUAAAAGUACAAUUUCUAAAACUUCCUUGAUUGAUAGCUGAUUGAAUGUUGAAUGAGUUUAUUUCAUAAUUGUUAAAAAGAGAUAGCAGACCAGUUUACACAGCAGAAUUAAUCAUGGAGGGCAAUGAGAAGGAGCUAAACAAUGUCAAGGUCAUGUUGAGGUCAGUUCUGACCUCAUCAAAGGGAGGUGUGCCAGCUCAUGUUCUCCAAAGAGACUACAGAGAAGCUACAUUUGAAUCAUUGCCGUACCAGAAGUUUGGUUACCGUAAUCUAGAUGCCUUCAUCGAGAGCAUGCCAGAUGUUGUUAAAAUAAGCAGAACUCCCACAGGUGAAAUCUAUCAUGCUGUGGCAGAUGAGAGUACGGCUCAUAUAGCUAAAAUGGUGUCUAAACAACGUACUAUAAAGAAAAAGAAAAGUUUAAAGCCAGCAAGGAGGAGACCAGCGCCAAGGUCGGCACCAUUCUAUUCCCCAUGGCGACCACAGCAACACAUAGUACUUCAGCCCCUGAGACCAUGGCCUGGUAAGAGACCACCCCCAAAGAGAACAACAAGGUCCCAUGGGAUGGACUAUAAUACACAGCAGUCUCAGACACGACCGUAUGGCAGGAACCUCACUGGACAACAGCACCAUCACCUGACAGUACAUACCGAUGGAGGAAGGAGAAAAGUUGACUUCCAGGGUCCAGCUAGAUUGUUACUGGAAACUCCAAAUCAAAAACAGACACAAAGCUACUCAGUUAACAGAUUUGAGCAGCCCCCAAGAUUUAGAAAACUUCAAGAACAACAAACACCAACUACAGAGUAUCCAGUUAAAAAAGCUUCACCGCCAAGAAGUGCAUCUUCACCAUCAAGAUCCCCCAAAAAGACCUCUCCUAAAACAUUUGUACAACCAGUAGAUAUGGCAAAAAUUAAAGAUGGGAAGAAAUAUUAUGAUACACUGAUUGAAUACUGUAAGUCUAACCAUGUUAGUGAUCUGAAGUUUGAAACUAUGCCAAGUCGGAUAGGACAAGUUUAUUGUUAUGCCAGCUCAACCAACAUAAAUAAACGAGUCUAUGGCAGUGGAGAUUUAUUUGGAUCUAGUGUAGAAGCAGAGUUUGCUGCCUGUCGAACUGCUUGUGUAGAGUUAGGACUCCUAAAUGAAUCACCUAUACCAAUCUCAGGACAAAAUAUAAUAUCACCCGACAAUCACUCAGAUUCUAACCAGGCUGUAAAGUCAAGGGUCAAACAGAUUCUUGAAUCCAAACCCAAUGGUUUGUGGAGCACUAGAUUUCCUGUAGAAUAUAAAGAAAGAUUCCAAGAAGAUCCUCCAGGAAACUUACUAGAUUUAGUGAAGGCUUGGAAAGAUUUGUCUCGAGUAGAAUUUAACACAUUAACAAAUACAGAAGUAUUCUAUCCUGUAAAAGAAACAUGGCCACCUCCUGUACAAACCAUUCCAUCUCCAAAGAAAGAUGUUCCAGUUCUUACACAAAUUCCAUUUCCUGUCCAACAAAGCUCUCAGAGAAAAGACUUCAGAAUUCCACAAGGGAAAACACUUCCACUGGGAGAGAGGGUUGUUGUCUACAUAACCUAUAUACACAGUAUUGGGUGUUUUUGUGUCCAGUUGGAAGAUAGUCCCAUAGAUGAGAUUGUUGAAGGUUUAGCCGAUAUAGAAAAGGAACCAGUCCCCUUAAAAAGUGAUUUAAUUAAAGGUAAAUUUGUGGCAGCUAUGUACAGUACUGAUGGUAGCUGGAGUAGAGCAGAAAUCUUGUCUGAUUCUCCUGAAAAUUCUGUGAUAAAUGUUUUAUAUGUUGAUUUUGGUAAUGAUGAGAAGUGUGAGUCCUGUAAUACACGAUGGCUGUCAGAGAAAAUAUCAACCUAUCCUGUCCAAGCUAUUUACUGUACAUUAUAUGGUAUACAGCCACUUCAGGGAGAAGAUGAUUGGUCGAAAAAUGUGCAAACAAAAUUUGGAGAUAUUGUCAAAGAAGAAGCUUUGAUUGCUGUUACCCAAAGUUAUACAGAUGAUGGGAUUUGUGAAGUAGACCUUUACUUAAAAGAAGACAGUGAAAUCUCUAUUAACCAAAAGUUGAUAGAACUGGGACUGGUACGACCUCUGGAAGAAAUCGUGAUAGAAGACAGCAUCUCAGAGGCAGGGUCUGACAUAGAACCAGAGCAACUUAAAUUACCAGAAGAGAAUGAAUGGGAUGUUUACAUAUCUUUCAUAAACCAAUCCUCUAAUUCUGUGGUGCUCCGGCUUGUAGGAGAAAAUUAUUCUGAAAAACUUGAUGAAUUUGACAAUGAAUUAGAAAAGAGUUACCAAACCUGUUCAACAGUAUGUUCUGUGGAGGUAGACGGUCUAUACAUAGCACUGAUAGAUGAAUUAUACCACAGAGUCAGAGUAUUAUCUAUCAUGGAUGACACUACGAUAGAAGUCUACUUCUUAGACCAUGGUGAUACAGAGAAGGUCAACAAAGGUCAACUGAAGACUCUAGAUCCUGCAGUCAACAAACUUCUGCCAUACCAGGCAAUAGAAGUCUCUUUGUAUGGUUUAGAGGAAAUAGCCACCAACCCAACAACUGUAGACAAACUGUUAGAUUUAGCUCUGGCUAAAACUUGUGUGGCUGAAAUCAUCUCAAGAGAUGAAGGUUUAUCUGUGAUACUUUAUGACACUGGCAAUGACGAGGAUGUCAAUAUCAAUGAAGUCAUAGCAACAGCAGUAAUGGAGGAAACAGAAGCCAGAAUGAUGGCUCAGGGUGACUAUCAACCAGCCUCAAUAUCAACGGAAACUUCACCAGUGAAAGGGUUAUCAAAUAAAUCCAAAAAUUUAGAACAAGCUUUAAACUCGCUAAAAAUAUUUCAAGAUAAAAAACUUAAUUCGAACAUUAAUGAAGAGGAGGAAGUAGAAGAAGAAAAUGGUGAUUCUGAAGGAUCAUGGGAAACUGAGGAAGAGGAAGAGGUUGUUCCUGUCAAAGGAGCAAUGAAAAAAAGGAAGGAUAAAAAUAGUAACAUGGUUAAAAUUAGCACAAAGAAAAAUGUGACUUCUUCUGAUGAAUUAAGUGAUAAUAUCAAGUUAACAUCACAAUCACAAUCCCCUGAUUCAGAAGGUAAAAACUUGUAUACCUGGAAGAAAUCUAGUCAAGGGGGUGGGGCUCCAGAAGUGGAAUUUGAUGAUGAGACAUCUUUGUGGGAUCAUGAGGAGUAUUGGAAACGCCCACUUCCUCAGCCCCUGGAUAUUCCAGAGAGGGGAGAUUAUAUCGAUUGUCAUGUAUCUAAAGUAUUUGAUCCUACAAAUUUUGUGUGUAUUCCAUAUGGAUCCAUGGCUGAUUUGGACCAGUUGUUGAAAGAUUGUAUAGAAUAUUUUAAUCUACACUGUGAAAAUAAGAUAUUAAAACAAGAUGAAAUCAAAGUCGGCCAUUUAUAUGCAGGUCAUCAAGGAGGGGCCUGGUACAGAGUGGUGAUAAAUAAGAGAGUAGGUCCUGGAUUGGUUUCUGUUUAUAUUGUUGAUUUUGGAGAAUAUAAUGCUAUGACUGUAGAAGAAAUAAAACCGUUACCAUGGAGAUUUUGGAAGUUACCUUUUCAAGCCUUUAAAUGUAAAUUACAUGGAAUAAAACCAGUGAAAGGAACUCAGGUUUGGUCAGAAGGUGCUAAACUGAAAAUGAAACAGAUGGCCGAGGAAAAAGAUUUAGUUGGACUAGUUUGUGGUAAAGAAGAUAAUGGAGUUGUCUCCCUUAGACUUGUAGAUACCACAAGUGAAAAAGAUGUGUGUUUAGACGAAAUUCUGUUGGACCUGGCAAUGGCUCAAAUAAUUGAACCAGCUUCAUGAUAUGCCACGUGAUUGGAGUUAUUGAGUAGAAUAUUUGAAACGUUUAUUUUAAUGACCUUUUUUAAUGAGAUAAUGAAGUAAAUCAACACAAUAUUCUGCGUUAAUGCUGAUUUUGUUUGAGGGUUACACAUAAAAAUAUAAGUCCUUUUUAAGAAUCCUGACUGAGAUUAUGUAGUUUAAUAUUAGAACAUUUUUUUCCAAUGCCAUUUUUUUGUAUGUUACAAAUUGACCUUAUGCAAAUAAAUAUUAAACUUCUGUUAACCUAUUUCUGGUUAAAACACUGUAUAGAAAGUCUGUAAGUGUUUGAAAUGUUAUAAGAACCCUUCAAAACAUUCUACCAUUCAUAUUCCAAAAUCAACCAAAAACCCUACAAAACAGUGUAAAAUUCAUCUUUAUUCUGUUUUUGAAAGUUCCAAAAUCAACCAAAAUCUUAAGUAAGUACAUGUAUAAAUAUUCUUGCAGAAAGUCGAUUACGAUCCAACACAGGUCAUUUGUCAAUAUUAGUAUAUCUAUGUAUUGCAUAAUUUGAGUGAUUUCAUAUGUGCCAUGAGUAGUUAAUAAAGGAUGUGUUGGUUUUUUUGGUUUUUUUUCUUAAUACUUUUUCCUAAUAACAAGAGUCCAUAACUAAUUUAAAAAGUAAAAAAAAAGAUUGGGCAGUACCAAAGGAGUCACUGGAAAAUUCUAUUUAUAAUAUCUUGAAAAGAUAAUUUAGAGAAGUUCACCUACUUAAGAGCUUAACUUACAAAAUGUCCCUUUCGUUAUGGCCAGUAUUUAUGUUUGUUACAGUAUGUGAAAAGUUUAUUGUUGAAGGCAGCUUUCUGAAGCAUCUUGUUAAUUCUGAAUUUUACAAUUGCUUUUACCUAAUCUUUACAGCUUAGGUUAGAUUUGCUUUACCAAUCUGUCCACCAAGUAAGACACCACUCAAUGUUUAUUAAUCUGUCCACAAGGUGAGUGGUCACUGAAAGUCUAUUAAUCUGUCCACAAAGUGAGUGGUCAAUGAAAGUCUAUUAAUCUGUCCACAAGGUGAGUGGUCAUUGAAAGUCUAUUAAUCUGUCUAAAAGUGAGUGGUCACUGAAAGUCUAUUAAUUUGUCCAGAAAGUGAUUGGUCAAUGAAUGAUUAUUAAUCUGUCCACAAGGGAAGUGGUCACUGAAAGUCUAUUAAUUUGUCCACAAAGUGAUUGGUCAUUGAAUGUUUAUUAAUUUGUCCACAAAGUGAUUGGUCAUUGAAUGUUUAUUAAUCUGUCCACAAGGGGAGUGUUCAUUGAAUGUUUAUUAAUCUGUCCACAAGGGGAGUGGUCAUUGAAUGUUUAUUAAUCUGUCCACAAGGGGAGUGGUCAUUAAAUGUUUAUUAAUUUGUCCACAAGGGAAGUGGUCACUGAAAGUCUAUUAAUCUGUCCACAAGGGGAGUGGUCAUUAAAUGUUUAUUAAUCUGUCCACAAGGGGAGUGGUCAUUGAAUGGGCAUAAGUGUACAAAGCACAAGGGAUGGUGUACAUUUGAUUAUUAAUGUAAAUACAAUACAAAAAUGUCUGUUCCACAACUAAUUGAUUUUUUGGGGCAUCUUAUGGGCAUUGAAGUAAAGUCAGAAGUUUCCAUUUUUAUGCUUUGAACUUCAGUUUUAGAAAAAAAAGCAUAAAAGUGGUAAAAAUGUUCAACUCAAUAGACUUAUAUAUAUAUGUUAGAAAUGUUAGAAUAUCUCUGGCAGCAAGCUUACAUGAUAAGUUUAUUUCUGUUUAAAGAAUGUAAAUCUACAAUUAUCAAAACUUAUACCAAAAAGAAUUCCAUAAAGAAAUGAUCUACUCUGUGUUUUUUUUAAGAUGAAAAGAGAAAUUGAUUCAAGUCUUGAUAUUCAACUUACAAUAAUUAAAAUAUGAGAUAUUGCUGAACCAUGAAUAUAAUUUCUACCAAACGAUGAAUAAUCAAUACAACACUUAUUGGUGUGUAUAGUAGGGGCAUACAGGGUGCCCCCUUUUUUAUGGAAUAUUUAUCAUGUUUUCUUAUAAAAUCCAAAAUACAUUUCAGUAAAUAUUCACCCAUUUUCAAAACCAAUUAUGCAUCACCUUACCACUUCCACUGCAUUGGAUAUUGGAUUUAAUUAAAUAAAACUCAAAUUAUGACUUGAUUGUAUACAGAUAAUCAGACUAAAAGAAAAAUAAUUUUCUAAUCAUAAACCUUGAUUUACAUUGAUAAGCAUGUAUAGGAAAUACCCAACAGUUCUUUUAAUUAGCUUUUUGCAUUAUCUAAUGGUCUACAAUAAUUUAUUGGUGUAUAUAUACCUUAUAUUCACCAUUUCAGAAUCAUCAUAUGAUCAAAGAUCACUAAUUUUAGUGUUGUUAUACAGAAAGGGAAAAUAUUGUCAAUUCAGAAAUUAUUGCAUGCAUUUAUUAAUGCAAUUUUGUUAAUUUAGACUGAAAUCCAAUUUUAUUUUUUGCAAAAUUUUAAAUUAUCCUGUUUUAUUCAAAUGAAAAAUUUCAAUAUGUGAGUUUCAAUUAUUGCGAUUAUAACCAUAUCGCAUUUUUUCGCCAAUAAUAAAUUAAAAACAUCUCAAUAAUUUCUGAAUUUACAGUAAUAUUUUGCGUUUACUGAAAUACCUUUUGUUUUCAAGGAUGUUAACCGAUAAAAACAUGUAUGUGGAACUCUUGAAAAACAUUAUCCAAAAGUAAGUUCUAUUCCGAGACAUUGAAUUCCUCUACAUGAUAUAUCAUCAAUUUUCAUAGUGAACAUUUUCAUAUUGUAUAAAUUGCUGUUGUCAUUUUUCAUUAACAAGACAUAAACUGUUCUACAUGUGUAGAGUUUAAAAUAUGUACAGAAUUGCUAUAAGAUGGCUAUUUGUUUGAGUAUGAACACUAUUUGUUUUGAUUUUUUAUUUGUUCAGUUAUAUUGUUAUAAACCUAUCACUUCAAUAAAUGCUUCAAUAAAAUGAAUUACUAUUGUG